AUGGAGCGGGGGCCGGUGGUGGGGGCAGGGCUGGGGGCCGGGGCCCAAAUCCGGGCGCUGCUAGGCUGCCUGGUCAGGGUGCUGCUCUGGGUGGCCUCUGCCUUGCUGUACUUUGGAAGUGAACAGGCCGCCCGCCUCCUGGGCAGCCCCUGCUUACGGCGCCUCUACCAUGCCUGGUUGGCAGCAGUGGUCAUCUUUGGGCCCCUUCUGCAGUUCCAUGUCAACCCUUGGACUAUUUUCGCCAGCCACGGCAACUUCUUCAACAUAAAGUUUGUGAAUUCGGCAUGGGGCUGGACAUGCACCUUCCUGGGGGGCUUCGUGCUGCUGGUGGUGUUCCUGGCUACGCGGCGUGUGGCCGUGACCGCCAGGCACCUGAGCCGGCUGGUGGUGGGGGCGGCAGUGUGGCGGGGGGCCGGCCGGGCCUUCCUGCUUAUCGAGGACCUGACUGGCUCCUGCUUCGAGCCUCUGCCCCAAGGCCUGCUGCUGCACGAGCUUCCUGACCGCCGCAGCUGCCUGGCAGCUGGCCACCAGUGGCGGGGCUACACCGUCUCCUCCCACACCUUCCUGCUCACCUUCUGCUGCCUGCUCAUGGCCGAGGAAGCCGCAGUGUUCGCCAAGUAUCUGGCCCACGGGCUGCCAGCCGGGGCCCCCCUCCGCCUCGUCUUCCUGCUCAACGUGCUGCUGCUGGGCCUCUGGAACUUCUUGCUGCUCUGUACCGUCAUCUAUUUCCACCAGUACACCCACAAGGUGGUGGGUGCCGCGGUGGGCACCUUUGCCUGGUACCUCACCUAUGGCAGCUGGUAUCAUCAGCCCUGGUCUCCAGGGAGCCCGGGCCACGGGCUCUUUCCUCGGCCCCACUCCAGCCGCAAGCAUAACUGA